AUGGCCAAAUGCCGCAGUCGCUCCAUACUCAACGAUGAAACGCCCACGCCGGAGGCAUCCUGCCCUGCUCCUGCUCCAGCUCCUGCAAAUCCUUCGCCCCAACAACUACAACAACAACAACAGAACUACUUACCUCAAACAUCUUUGCUGAAAAUCGAACCAUUCGUUCCUAGUUUUAAUCAAAGACUACGCCGGCGUCCUAUUGGUCGCUCUCAUAGCACCUUAAGCCACAACGUCAUCCCGAAGCGACCAGUGCAACAGCAACUCCAGCAGCAGCAGCAACAGCAACAGCAGCAAAUCCAACAGCAUUCGGAACUGCAAGUUGGCCAGCAGCAACAACUCAAGCGGAGCUAUGCCGCCGCCGCCCAAAUCCGUCAGCAGCAGCAGCAACAGCAGCGGAAUCUGCCACGUGGCGUUGGCAUCCAGCGCCAGCGCUCCAAGUCCACCUCCUCCUCGGCGGCCUCCAAUAGUUGUCGUCCCGCUACAGCAGCCGUAACGCCCAAUACUCUGGUGGGCAGUACGGGGGGCACUCUGGUGAGUGGAGCCAUUGUGACGCCGCAACCAAAUGGCAUCUGCCGCAUCCAGAGAUUGCCCAAGGAGCGCGAGGAGUUGCCCGAUCGCAUAAACUACGACAAAAGGGGUCUCACGGCGAUCCCCAUCUUCGAGCAGGAACCCAAUCUCCGACUGCUGUCGCUGCAGCACAACCUGAUCAAUACCUUCCACAUACCCAAGGAGCUGCCACCGCCUCCACCUCCGCCAGUGCCUCCUCCUCCCAUCGCCACGCCGCGGGAGAGCAACAACAAUAAUAAGCUGGGUGAAUACAAUAACGGCAAUGGAAACAAGGAAGGAGGACGCUCUGGCCUGCGUGGCCAUCAUCCCGGCAGACUUACCCGUGCCAUGACCAAUGCUGGCGGUAAUUCCCAUCGCCUGUCGCCCAAAUCCGGCGGAAGUCCAGGUUCAGGAAGUCCACUGACCACUCAGGCGCUGGCCAUCAAUGGAGGAACUGCCACUGGGCGUUCCAAGUUGGCCAAAAGGGGCUACAACUACGGACAGGCACAAUUAACGCCUCCGCCGGCGUUGCGCAUGCGCUAUGGAUUGGAGAAGUCCAAGAGCUUUGUCAGCAGCAGUCUGCAGGCGAUGAAGCACCAACAACAGCUCAUCCAAAGGCGAGCGUUUCUUAAGGCCACCAGAGGAGUGGCCGGUGGAGCAGUCAGUAAUCUCCUCCAGAGUUGCGACGAGGGCAGUGCCCUGCACAGCAGCAAUCUCUCACUGUGCGGCGGAUGUGGCGAGGAAGAGGAUUCCCCCAGCGUAAUGAACUCCAUUUCCGCCUUGGAGCAACUGAGCAUCAAGAACAAGCAGUUGAGUUUAAGUGCCAGCUACGGCAGCAUCUUCCAGCAGCUCGUCUUUCUGGAUCUCUAUGAUAAUCAGAUUGAGAAGAUAGCCAAUCUGGAUGGACUACCCUCACUUUCGGUGCUACUGCUGGGCAAGAACAGGAUCACGGAUAUUGGAGGACUGUCUUCAUUGAAGGACUCCUUAAGAGUCUUGGAUCUGCAUGGCAAUAAACUCACCAGUUUGGGCAGCCGGAUCAACUGUCUGCAGCAGCUCAAGUCACUGAAUCUGGCGGGAAAUCAAAUACGACAAAUAAACCAGCAGGAUUUCCUGGGACUGCGCUGCCUCAGGGAGCUGAACCUCAAGAGGAAUAAACUGCGGCGGAUCAACGGCUUCCAGCAUCUGGUGGCUCUGGAAAGGCUUUGGUUGUGCCACAACGAGUUGCACCGGGUGGAUGAUAUGGCCAGUAUAGCUCGGGCCAACCGCCUCCUUGAAGUCACAAUCGAGAACAAUCCGGUAUCCCUCGCUGGAGAUUGUGUAUCCUUCCUGGUUUCAUAUCUCCCACUGCUGCAGACGCUCAGUCAGAUGCCCAUCACGGAACAAGUGCGUCGGGCGGCUCUGGCCUGGCGGCAGCACAAGGAACAGGCUCAAGCUGCUCCUGGAAGCUCCGAAGCUUAUCACAGCAUCCGGCGGGAAGAGGUGAUAUCCAAUGCCAGGACCAAUUGGGAGCUACUGCGAUCCCAACAGACAGUGGUGGGUCGUCCCAAGAGCCGGCUGACCAGCGAACUGGCCAAGAUCAAUGAGUCUAAUGAGGGUCCAACGGCCGAGGAGGAGACCGAGUCCGAGGAGUCACAGCAGCCGAAGGAACUGAUGGAUGAGCUGCAGGCACUGAUCAAACUGCCGCCCAUUGCCAAGAAUUUGAGGAACCCGCAGGACGAGGAUGGCGUUUCCUCGGAGGCUUCCAGUCUAGGACCCAAUGUGGACUCCUGCUCCAGUUGCUAUAGCUCGGAUAACGAGGAGGGUGGUGCUAAAAACAAACCUCAGACUCCACAGAUUGAUGAAAACUGCAAUAAAGUGGGGUUGGCAGAGAAGCCACCACCUUCACCUGUUCCUGCUGGUCCAACAAACCAUUCUCCUGAUUUGGUCAAGGUGACAACUCCAACGGCGGUGGCUUCUUCGCCUUCGCCGCCUGCUUUAACCCUGACUCCGCCAGCUGCUCCUGGAACUCCUGUGCCCGGAGGCACGUCUACUCCUCCUCCAGUGGCCACAACUGCUACCCUUCCCGUGCCCGCCACUGCAUCCUCCAACACAAGUCGUCCGACGAGCAGCAAACAGCGCUCCCGUCACGCGCCCAUUACUCAAUUGGGCUUGCAGAUUAAUCAGAGGGGAGGAGCUAGUGCAUCCUCCAAGCGCUACAUGGCAGGCAGUCUAGUGCGGGCACAAACCGUGAGCAGCAGCACCAGUAACAGCAGCAGUUCCAACAGCAAUGGUCGCGGAAAAGCCACUAACAAUGGAUUAACUCUGGUGGCAACGCAAUCAAAGGCGGUAACGAGUGCCACUUCCAACCAAUCUUCAGCAGGAGCCGGAGGAGGCACCGCAGGAUCAACAACUGGAUCAGCAACUGGAGGAACAGCAGCAGCUCCCAACGCCGCCAUCACGGUGUCCAAACCCAGUGCCGCUGAACGGGAAAGAGAGCAAGGUGGCGAUUACCUGAUUGAGAUUUGUGGAAGGUACCUUAACAUCUAUGGCCAGGGAGCCCUCCGUUUCAUCGACAAGCAGUGGAAUCCGGCCAAGGCCAAUGAUGUUCACACGCUCAACUUCAGCUACAUUAACUUCAACAGCAUCGUCUGUGUCCUAGGCAGGAUUAAGCUGCGAUUUCCUCACGCCGAGCAUUAUGUUUUCCGGGAGACGAACAUUUCCUGUUUGGGUCAACUUAAUGGAUUGGCCGAGCUCCAGGGUCUCAGCAGUUUACUCAUCGAUGCCGAGGGCAAUGGCAUAACCUUGAAGGAAUCUUGGCGAGCGUACGCCAUCUACAGGUUGUCCCACUGGGGAUUGAAGCAACUGAAUGGUCAGGAGGUUACCGAAGCGGAAGUGGAGGCUGCGAAUGCCAUGUACGUGGGACUCUCUGACCUGGUGCUGUGGUCCAUGCCGGAGGUGAUGCUGCAACCGCUGUUGGCGCGACUUCGUCUGGAUGAGACCUGCACGGCCAGCAAGCUGUCUCCAAAAGAGUGGCUCCUGCGGGCGGACAACAAAUCCCUGCGUUUGGUGGUGGGAAAAGAGGCGCUCCAAUGGAAGAAGAAUGCAGGAGGAGCCGGUAAUGGAGCAGCAUCUUCCAUCUCCAUGAACCUGAAUCCUGCGACGGACGCGGCCAGCACUGCCAUGGCGCCCAGUGCCCGAGAUCGUGGUCGUCAGCACUUUGCCCUGCUGCUGGAAAACACCUGCAACGCCGUGGAGAAGCUGCACAAACUGGAAACACUGUGGCCCAGCAUGCUCCUCGACAUCGUCCGGAAUACACUCCUGGAUUACGCCCAGCUGGAUGUUUAUCUGCGGAAUCUCAUGUGCGAGCUGAUGAAGUAAGGUGCGUUUCCAACAAAAGAUAAAACGAGAACUUAUUAGUCGUACAGGCUUUUAGAUAGAGGCGCACAGAUAGAGCAACCAUUAUAUUCCUAUGAUCCUAGGCAUUUACCAAUCCUGUAAAGCAGCUGCUUACAACUAGUCCAAUUUUUAUAAAUAUUUAACAUUAAACAAUAUUAAAAAGUA